AUCCUAGUUAUAUAAUGUCUGAUAUUUGACUUUGUAACUUAUUUGACUUCAUCUCUUUAGAGUUGAAUUCUCUUAUUUCUUUCCUUUUUUCUAAUUGAACGAUUUGGAAAACGCCAUUGUAACCUUUGGCCCGAUAAACCAUGUCCUCCCGUGACGGCAGCACUGCAGUUACAUACGAAGACGAGCACGUCCACCAUGUCUAUGAACAGAUUGCAUCUCAUUUCUCAUCGACGAGAUACAAGCCUUGGCCGAUAGUGGAACGUUUCCUGCAGGGUCUUCCCGAUGGUGCAGUAGGAGUUGACGUCGGCUGCGGAAAUGGCAAGUAUCUGACAGUGAACCCGAAAGUAUUCAUCCUUGCGUCCGAUAGGUCACAAGCUUUAACCAAGAUUGCGGCACAACAUCAGCCUCAUGCGGCGCUUAUCGCAGACAAUCUUUCACUUCCCCAUCCCCCAUCUUCUUUCGAUUUUGCUAUCUCUAUUGCUGUCAUCCACCAUUUGUCAACCCCAGCUCGGAGGGUUGAAGCUAUCAAGUCAGUCCUCGAGCUGCUGAAGCCAAAUAGAGCCCUCAAGCAAGAGAGCCCAAAUGGCUCAGUAUCCCAAUCUCCAGACUCAAGUGACGGCAGAGCCCUCAUCUAUGUAUGGGCCUUGGAGCAGAAAAAUAGUCGCCGCGGAUGGGAUGAGGGCAUGGCCCAAGACGUCAUGGUUCCCUGGGUCACAAAAUCAAGCCGGGGAACCUCUUCCAAGCCGUUGAAGCGAAAUAGCGCCGUUGAGCAUUCGGAAACACGGCAGUCAGACUUAUCGAAGGGGUCGGUAACGGCACAAAGCCGGAAAGGUGAAAGCCUUACCCCUUCAGACAGCUCGCAGACGUUUUACCGGUACUACCACCUUUACCGAGCCGGAGAGUUGGAGCAAGAUGUCUCAGACGCCGGCGGUACCGUCAUCGAGUCUGGCUAUGAAAAGGAUAAUUGGUGGGCCAUCAUUGUGAGAAAUUCAGAGCCAUAAAUCACACCCUGGUAACGAACAAAGACAUCCACGUAUUCAUCAACAC